GAAACAUCUCCUUCUGGUCACUUCCACGCGUGUCCAGUCAGAUUCGAGGCAGGUUGAUUUUUGGGAACCACGGGCUGGGAUAGACAAUGAUGAGGCGGUGAACUGCAGCUUAACCAAAGUGUAAUUCGCGCCUAUCCUGUCAGACAUACACACAUUCACUACUUCUUCGGCAGAAAUGACGACGACCAAGAACUAUCAAGGGAUGGAGCCCGGUUCCAAAAGCAGUUCCAGGGUUCUGCGCCCUCCUGGCGGCGGGUCCAACUUCUCGCUGGGGGCAGAUGAGGAAAAGCCUCCCGUCCGGAAAGACAAGAUGGCCUCCAGCGUCUUCGCUGAGCCGGAGGACCCUUACGCUAACAGAAGGAACAACCCACCAGGUGGGAAGCCCACAGGUGUGCUUUGCGGUGAGCCGUCAGCCCCCCUGAGGAGAGGAGGAAACCAGACCACCGAGCCCACCGCGGACGCCCCCGCCACGGAUGGAGAAAAUUUUGUACACAAUUAUGAAAACAGCGCUCCUGAGCCCGAAGCAGUUGCGGAGCAGAAGGAGGAGGCCCCUCCAGCCGACCACGCCGCUGCAGGAGCACCCUCCGGUCGCAGGAAUCCCCCCGGGGGCAAGUCUAGCCUCAUCCUGGGAUGAAUGCCAGUCGGUCACCCCCCCCGUCCCGUCCCCGUCCCCGUCCCGUCCCGCCAUUCUUCCACUCAUCGCUGAACUCGUCUUUUUUUAUUGCUUUUAUUUUUGUAACAAAGAACCUCGGCCCAUUCGUCUGAACCGCAGGAAUCGUAUCUGGUGUGCAACAGACACCGGUCUCCUCCACAUCCCUUAAGUGCAUUGUUUUGAUACCUCUUUUCUGGGAAAAAAAAGAAGUUUUGUACCGUUUUGUUUGUUUGUUUGUUUUAGCCAAAGCACUUUAUGUAUUUCUAUGUACGGUUCAAAGUCCGCCUUUGCGCCCAGAAACACUGGCUGCAAGGAUCACACCUCUCAUAGCGACCAAUUCAUCUCCUCAUUUUAUUGCGAGGGCAAAAGCUGUGAGUGGAGCAGUUUACAGAACACGAGCAAAUAAAGAAGAAAAUACACUGUGUUCUGUUUCGACCCAACUUGCAUGCACGUCUGGUCUGUAAACGUAUGAAUGUGAGAAGAAAAAUAACUGUGAAGACUUUUUUAAAAAUUGUUAUUAUUAUUUAACUUGUUUUGUAAUUUCUUUUUUUUAAAUUGUGGAAUAAUUGUUGUAUUGUUGCAUGAAGCUGGAAUCUUUCUACCGAUUAUAUUGUAAUCCACUUCCCAUGAAUUACUGUCAUUGUGACCUGAAGGGUGCCAACAUAUAUUCAGAUAACUCACUGACAGGUGAAAGACUCGGAAUAAGCCUUUUUUUUUAUAUUGCAGUCACAGACUUUGGAUUAUUGCAACCCCAGUGCCGGUUUUGAGUGCCCCGUGUUUUUUAGACGUCAAAUUUACUCUCGUAAUAAAGUGUGCCUGUUAAAGUGUGAGGCUACACCAUCAAAUGAGGUUGGGUUUCCUCAAUUGCAUCUGGCCAGAAUGAAGGAAACAGAGCUUCACCAUUGCCAAUCACGGGAUCAGUGGAAUGUUGAUGGUCCUGAAGGUGUUUCUGGUAAAAACCCAUCCUAGAUUUGACAAGUGACCUUAUGACAGCUCAGCCUCCCCCCCCCCCCUCCCCCUCCCCACCCCCAUCUGUUUUGUUUCUAGCCUCUUCACCCAUCUACAUGUGUUGAUCAUUCUGCUCGCUAGAAAGAAGUAACAGCCUUUUUGUACACGUCAUCGCCGCAUUGUUUUAAAACCAAAAGUCAAGCUUCACGUCCUGCUUCUGUCUCGUUGAGCUCGUUGAGUGUCACACGGCCGCAGGGUAGGAAGAACUACGCGUCCGGUUAAACGUGUCAUGAUGUAAGACCUGAACACUUCUGUUACACGUUCUAUGACAGUUCUCUUCCCUGGAUGUUGACUCGCCGCAGACGUUUGAAAUCAAGUAAAAUGGCACAAGUGGUAAUGAAAAUUAAAUAUCAAUUUUGACCAUGUGCUGAUGGGUUUGCUGUGUGUGUGUGUGUGUGUGUGUUUCUAGUUUAGAACGAUGACGUUUCAGUGGUUAUGAUGGUUCCUCAUGUCAAUGGGGAAAUAACACCAAGAAGGCGUUGCAUUCUAAGGUGAUAUCCUAGAUUUGAAUGUCUUUCUGAAUAACGGAUGAUUAUUAUGAUGUCUUUCUCCACCUAUUUAAGUUAUAGUUAACUUGUUAUUUUAAUACUUAGUGUAAACAUAAUGCAUUGGGUUCGCGGCUAUUGUUUCAUGAACACACGCGUGAUUUACUUGUAAAGAAAAAGAGGUUAAACAGAGAACAGCACUAAAUUGUAAAUGUAGCUUUAUGUAUGGAAACAUCGUAAACCUCAUUGGAUUACUAUAAUCCUCGCUCUGCCGCAUUCUCCUCCUCCGGCAAAUCAGCUUCUCAAAUGACCGCAUCAUUCCGAAAGUGAAAGUAAGGAACCGGACCCGAUCCUCGCGAGGCUCGCAGCUCGCGACAAACCCACUGACAGCAGACUGUGGAGAGGUCGCAUCGUGAAGGAGCGUGUAUGGU